AUGAGCACGCACGGCGCAUCCACCAGCAGCAGUGGCCAAAGUUUAUCGGGAUUAGUAGCAACUUUGGUACCUACUUUAGUUCUUGCCACUGUUUACUUCGUAAUCUUCUUGGUUUUACGAAGAAGUAAUGCACGAUGGUAUGCUCCUAGAACUUACCUAGGCGCAUUGCGUGAGGAAGAACGGACAACACCACUACCGUCAGGAUUGUUCAAUUGGAUUGGUCCUUUUCGCAAGAUUCCAGAUACAUACGCACUUCAACACCAAGGUCUUGAUGCCUACUUAUUCCUUCGAUUUUUACGAAUGACGGUGGUCAUUAUGUUUGUUGGUUGCUGCAUCACAUGGCCUAUUCUUUUCCCAGUCAAUGCUACGGGAGGAGGUGGAGCAAAACAACUUGAUAUGCUCUCUAUGGGUAACAUUGACAGUUCUACAUCAUCUGGAAGGAAUCGACACUAUGCGACCUGUUUCGUCGGAUGGAUUUUCUUUGGAUUUGUUCUUUUCCUUGUUACCAGAGAAACUAUCUAUUAUGUCAACCUUCGACAGGCCUUCUUACUCAACCCAGUUUUCGCAAACCGUAUCUCAUCCAGAACAGUUCUCUUUGUAUCAGUCCCAGCAGCAUAUCUCGAUGAAAGCAAACUUCGAAAAGUCUUUGGAAGCUCAGUACGACACAUUUGGAUAGUUGCAGAUACCGAAAAGGUGGAGGAACUCGUCGAGAAGCGCGAUGAUAUUGCAUUGAAACUUGAAGGUGCAGAGGUAAACCUUAUCAAGACAGCAAACGGCGAAAGACUCAAGGCAAUCAAGAAUGGCGCUAGUCAAGAAGAACAACCUGUCAUAGAUGAAGAUGGCGAAUCCGGAUCAUUAGCCGCUAGAUGGGUUCCUCAGAAGAAGCGUCCUACACACAAGCUUGGCAAAUUUGGUCUGUACGGAAAGAAGGUUGACACAAUCGACUGGGCUCGAAGUCAACUAGAAACAAUCAUCCCAGAAACUGAAGCCGCACAAAAUACUUAUUUGGCCGGAGAGACUCGUAAGGUUGGAUCAGUCUUUAUUGAAUUUGCCCAUCAAUCGGAUGCCCAAGUCGCUUUCCAAACCCUCUCUCAUCAUCAGGCUCUUCAAAUGUCUCCCAGAUAUAUCGGUGUUCAUCCUAGGGAAGUUAUCUGGAAAUCUUUGACUAUCUCAUGGUGGCAAAGAGUUGUUCGAAGGUUUGCUGUCGUUGGAUUUAUCACGGCAAUGAUUAUUUUCUGGGCUAUUCCAGUUGCAGCCGUUGGUCUUAUUUCGAACGUUACAUACUUGGAACGCUUUAGCUGGCUGUCAUGGUUAAAGGCUGUGCCAAAUUGGAUUAUGGGUGUAAUUUCUGGUCUUUUGCCCUCCGUGGCUCUGUCGAUUCUCAUGUCCCUUGUUCCCAUUAUCAUGAGACUUUGCGCAAAACUUUCUGGUGAACCAACCACUGCACGAGUGGAACUCUUCACUCAAAAUGCAUACUUUACCUUCCAAGUCGUUCAAGUUUUCUUGGUUGUAACUAUUGCAUCAUCCGCAUCAGCCGUCCUAUACCAACUCAUCCAUAACCCAACUGGAAUCCUCAACCUCCUUGCAAACAAAUUGCCCAGUGCUUCCAACUUCUAUAUUUCCUACUUUAUAGUUCAAGGAUUGACGGUUGCUUCUGGAGUUAUUUCCCAAGUUACGGGAUUCUUCAUCUUCAAACUUCUCUAUAAAUUCUUGGCCGGUACUCCAAGAAAGAUGUACACGAAAUGGACCAGCUUGAGUGCAAUCUCCUGGGGUAGCACUCUUCCAGUAUUCACAAACAUUGCCGUAAUUGGCAUCACCUAUUCCUGUAUUGCUCCACUCGUCAUGGGUUUUGGAACCAUCGGCAUGGGUCUAUUCUAUCUAGCCUACCGAUACAAUAUUCUCUUUGUCACCGACGCUCAAAUCGAUACCAAAGGUCUUAUCUACCCACGUGCCCUUCAACAACUACUUACUGGAGUAUAUCUUUCAGAACUUUGCUUGAUCGGUCUCUUCGCCAUAGGUAAAGCAUGGGGCCCACUGGUCCUCAUGAUUAUAUUCCUUGUCUUCACCAUCUUAUACCACAUAUCUCUCAACGCAGCCAUGGAUCCUCUUCUUUCUACUCUUCCAAAAACUCUCGAAGCUGAAGAAGAAUCUAUUCGGGGAGAGCUGGAAGCCGGUAUGAGCGGUAGCCCAACCGUCUCCAAUGAGAAAAAUAACGAAAAAAACGGAACCAGCGACCUCACACCGCACCCCAAACCCCAAGGUGGCCUAUUUGCCAAAUUCUUCAAACCCCAUCUUUAUUGCGACUAUGCCACCAUGCGCCAACUCGUCCCACACGACAACAUCAACCCAGAAGAGUUGUACGAUGAAGUCUCAGCUCGAAACGCAUAUUAUCCUCCCGCUGUUGUCUCUGAACCUCCUCUUUUAUGGAUUCCAAGAGAUUCGGCGGGAAUUAGUGCACAAGAGGUUGCGCAUACCAGUAAGGUUAUUCCAAUUACGGAUGAUGGGUGUACUCUUGAUGAGAAGAAUAAGUUGGUUUGGGAUGUUGAAGGAGCCAGACCACCACUUUGGCAACCUAAGAUUUUCUAUUAA